GUACUCCAGUCCCUCGAGAUGCACUGCACCGCAGAACAAAGCCUUCCCGGCGUGCAGCUGUGGCCUUGAAGUGGAGGGGGCGUGAUAUUGCCUCUCCUUCAAGGGUGUCGGAGCCGGGAUAACACGGUAAGUACUGACAGGGGAGCGGCCAAGCGUCAAGAUCGGGACGGCGGGCUGGUCAUGUACAGGCGCACCCGGUCUGGUAACCGUUCCGCAGGUCGCCGGUUGCAGGGAAGGCAAACAUCCUGUUUGACCCGAGACACGCCAGAUUCUCUCCUGACGAGUCGUCGCUGUGAAGUUUGUGGUCCAUCACAAGUCGCGGUAUCACCCCGGGAACGAUAAGGGACAAUGAGGACUAUGACCUGGCCCGGACUCUGUGUCGUUUUACUGGUCACCUUUGUGCACGUGGAGAGCCAACAGCAACCCAACCUGGUCUUCCGAGAACCUCCGAGGGCCGUGACGGGAACUUCUUAUUGCUCGCUUCUGAACUGCUGCAGAGGUAGAUCGGACUCGUGUUCCCUUCCCUACUUCGACACGAUCUGCUACUGUGAUGAGUUUUGCAACCGCACGUCUGCGUCGGACUGUUGCCCGGACUACCGGCCGGUGUGCCUGGGCCUCCCCCCGCCGAACGAGCCGACGCCACUGCCCCAACCUCCCGAGACAGAUGGCUGCUUCCAUGACGGGACGUACCAUCCAGGCGGGGCCACGGUCAGGAUCAACUGCAACCAAUGCGUGUGCCAGCCCACCCAGACGGGAUCGUACGAGUUCCGCUGCCAGGAGAACCCCUGUCUGCUCAGGCCAACCAUGCUAGAGGCCAUCAACCAGGGAGACUACGGAUGGCAGGCGGAGGCCUACCCGUUCCUGUACGGUCUGACCCUUGACCAGGGCCUGCAGUACAAGUUGGGGACGGACCCCGUGCCGGAGAGCGUCCAUGCCAUGAGGGGCAUCCAGGUCAGUAUCAGGGACAACAUUCCGGAGUUUUUUGACGCCCGUAGCCGCUGGCCUGGUCUUAUCCAGGACGUGCGGGACCAGGGGAACUGUGGGGCAUCCUGGGCGUUCUCCACCACAGCCGUGCUCGCUGACCGUCUCGCCAUCCAGUCCCGCGGCACGAUGACGGCGACCCUGUCACCGCAGAACCUGCUGUCCUGUAACACCAACAGACAGCGGGGCUGCCAGGGAGGCAGGCUGGACAGGGCCUGGUGGUUCCUCAGGAAAAAGGGGGUCACCACCGAUGCCUGCUACCCGUACAGUAGCGGUAGCUCGGCCCAGGCCGGCCAGUGCGCCGUGCCCAGGUCUAACGGAAGACCCUACCCGUGCCCCAGUAACAACGGCGACACAACCAUGAAAUACCAGUCUUCACCAGCAUAUAAAAUCUCAAACAGAGAAGAAGAUAUCAUGAAGGAAAUAAUGACAAAUGGUCCUGUCCAAGCCACGAUGGAGGUGAAGCCUGACCUGUUCUCCUACAGAUCAGGGGUGUACAGACACACGGAGCUGGCGCAGGGGGAGCCGCCUGAGUACCGGCGCAGGGGCUGGCACUCCGUCAGGAUCGUAGGUUGGGGUGUGGAGAUGUCAAAUCCAUAUCAGGCACCAAUCAAGUACUGGACGGUGGCGAAUUCCUGGGGCAAACAGUGGGGAGAAGAAGGUUACUUUCGGAUCGUUCGUGGCGAGAACGAGUGUCAAAUAGAGUCCUUUGUGCUGGGAGUCUGGGGAAAAGUCAACCCGAUGGUGAUCAACAACAGGGUCCAGAGGAGGAGGAGGAGGAGGAGUUUAAAAUGAUGCUGUUUUAUGUACAUGUUUAACUGUAAACAACAAAUAUAGUUGAGUGCGGUAGCUGUGAUAGAGGUUGAUAUUGUGUUAUGUUGUAUUGCCAUCCCUGCAGAUAACGUCACUAGUGACAAAAGUGACACACACCUAACAUUUCUUGCCACUUUCUAUUCUUAUUUGUUGUGGUAUAUUAUAGUCUCAAAGUAUCCUUUUGUUCCGAGUCCAAGCACUCAAGUAUUGUAUGGAAUCAAAUAUGCAUAUGUAUAUGUAUUAUCUGUUGGAUAUAAUUUAUACCUUAUACCAUAUCUAAUGGUCCAAGGACCUCCUUCCAUUUCGAACUUGUAGUGUUUCAUGUUUAUGUAUGAAGAAAUGUGACACGCGCGGUCGCCUCGUCUUACGGACCGCUAGAUAUACAGUAUUUUUCCGAAGAAGUAUUAUAUCAUCGGGCCUCGUACCCUCUGCAUACAAGUGUACAUGUCAUAUUGGUAAAUAUCUCGUUGUAAACAACAUCAAUGUCAAUGAGAGCGAACGAAAAAUACACUCAUUUGUUUAGGCCAGUACACUGAGUAUCGGACUUUCAUUCCCCUGUUUAUAUCACCGUUGUUUCCAACACUCUCCAGCUGAGAACUCUCAGACAUGGUUGAAAUAUACCUUAAUACGUCUGAAAUAAAUGUGUAUACAU